AUGGCUAUGGUUUUGCGAUAUGUUAAUAGCCUUGGAUUAGUGAAAAAAUUAUUUAUUAGAAUUGUUCACGGGAAGGAUAUAACUUCUUUAACUCUAAAAAAAGCCAUUGAUUUGGUAUUUACCAACAUUAACUUGAUAAGAGGGAAAGGAUAUGAUGGAGCAAGUAAUAUGUGGGGUGCAUACGGUUUGAAAGCAUUGAUAUUGAAAGAUAAUCCUUCGCAAAAAAACCACGAUGGUGUUGAUGAUUUCUUUGAGCAAUUAACUUUGGUGGUUAAUGUGGUUAUCAAGGUUCUUAAAUAUGUUGAAGACAAGAGAUCUUGUUUAAAUAACCGAAAUCAAAUGUACGUUAUUUGGUCGUAUUUCAAGACUCUUGAUUUUGUGUACUAUUUACAUUUGAUGUUGGAGAUUUUUGGUCUCACGAAUACCUUGUCAAAACAUCUUCAAAGAAAGGAUCAAAAUAUUUUGGAAGCGGCUUCUUUGGUAAAAGUGACGAUCAAAAUGUUCAAAGCUUUUAGAAAUAAUGGGUUUCGUUCAAUGUUGGAGAAGAUAUUUUCUUUUUGUCAUACACAUAAAAUUAAAAUUGUGGAAAUGUCCGAAUUUUAUGUUACUCCAAGAAACCGUAGAACCAAGGUUACUAAUCAACAUCACUUUGAUGUUGAUAUUUUCAACACGAUUUUAAAUAUGCAAAUUCAAGAAGUUGGAGACCGUUUUAGUGAAGUGAGCAGCGAUGUUCUUGAAUACAUGGCAACUUUGAGUCCUUGUAAUGCAUUUUCUAUGUUUAACAAAUCAAAGUUGGUGAAGUUAAGUAAGUCAGACAAAACUGAUUUUAAUGAUUCAGAAAGGGUGUAUCUUGAUGGUCAACUUGAAACCUGUUAUCACUCUUUGAUUGAUGAUGAAAGAUUUUAUAAUUUGAAGGGCAUUGCAGACCUUUCUCGUUUGAUGGUGGAAACCGGGAAACAUCUUUCUUUUCCUUUGAGUCUUUGUAAUACUUUUUUGUUGGCUUGA